AUGGAUUAUCAACAAGACGCGUCAGCUGAGAGUAUUGUUCUUUUCCAAACCGGUCGACAAUGUUCAAUUAAUUUGGGGGUGUCCAAUCCGAUGAAAAAAAUUAACCCGAUACAACCGGACUGUGUGCUAGCUCUGGCUGCCUGCAGUCGAGAAAUUCUUCGACGACGAGUCGUAAUAGGAGCGGUGGUUGCUCACGCGCCAGUCAGAAGCACAAAAUCGACGACGAGAUUAGGGGUUAGGCCGGAGAUGCUAUUGUGCGUUGCGACGGUGAAGCUGUUUGGGUUUCAGCAACGGCGCACUUUUCGCUCUUUAGCAAAGCGUUUUAGCUUCAACGGACAAGAGCCCCAAGCUCAGGCCCCUCUGGAUAAGGAGUGUGCUGACUUCUUACCUUGGUUAGAGCGGAUUGCUGGAGCCAAGAUAAGUAACACGCUUUCGAUUGGUAAAUCCACUUAUGGCAGGGCGUUGUUUGCCUCAAAAGUAAUCAAUGCCGGGGACUGCAUUUUGAAAGUGCCUUUCAAUGCGCAAAUAACUCCGGAUGAGCUGCCACCGGAUUUUAGAGUUUCAUUGACCGAUGAAGUUGGAAACAUCGGAAAGCUUGCUGCUCUUCUUAUGAUCGAGAAGCAAACGGGUCAAAACUCUCGAUGGGUCCCUUAUAUUAGCCGACUUCCUCAGCCUGCAGAGAUGCACAGCACGAUAUUUUGGGAUGAAGAUGAGCUCAACAUGAUUCGUUGUAGCGCAGUUCACAAGGAAACUGUAAAACAAAAAGCUCGGAUAGAAAAGGAAUUCUCACAUGUAGCUCAAAGAAAUGUUUUGACCGUCGAACAGAUUCCGUUUGCAGACUUCAUGAACCAUGAUGGGCUUUCUGCAUCAAUCGUUUUGAGCGAUGAAGACAAGCAACUAUCAGAGGUCACUGCAGAUCGUAACUACAGUCCUGGUGAUGAGGUGCUCAUUAGGUAUGGAGAUUUCUCAAAUGCUACACUCAUGUUGGAUUUUGGGUUUACGCUUCCUUGCAACAUUCAUGACGAGGUUCAAAUCCAAAUGGAUGUACCGAAUGAUGACCCUCUCCGCAACAUGAAGCUGGGACUUCUCCAGACCCAUUACACACGAAGUGUCAAAAAUAUCAGUAUUUUUCACUCUUCUUGUGAUACUUUCACAAUCAAGGAAGUGAAAUCUGCUAAAGGGAAAGGGAAAGGAAUUCCGCAGUCUCUCCGAGCAUUUGCACGUCUUCUCUCUUGUACCUCUCCUCAAGAGCUGAACGAUUUGUCAAAAGAAGCUGCACAAAACGAUGGCCGACUAGCUCGGCUUCCCUUUAAAGACGGAUGCAGAGAGUUGAAGGCACAUAAGAUCAUCUUGUCUCAUAUCAACAAAUUAAUCGAGGAUCAUAGUGCUUGCAUCAAGGAACCGGAAGCUUCUAAUUGCCAUUUUGUAUCACAAAGAUAUACUGUCAGAAGGCAGAUGGCAAGAGAUCUCCUCUUCGGUGAGCUUCGUGUUAUGAGAUCUGUAGCUGACUGGCUCAAUCAUUAUUGCACAAAUUUACCUUAA